GUUGCUGGCAUUUCCAGGGCUGCUAGCUCGCAGCCAGAGACGCUGGUUUUUUUUCCGGGUUCGGAGCCGUUCCGGAUGCUUUAGGCUGCCGGAUGUCUGAUCUCCGGAUAACUGAGGCGUUUCUGUACAUGGAUUAUCUGUGUUUUAGAGCGCUCUGCUGCAAGGGACCACCACCUGCACGACCAGAGUAUGACCUGGUUUGCAUAGGCCUCACAGGUUCUGGCAAGACCAGUCUGCUGUCCAAGCUGUGCAGUGAGAGCCCCGAGAACGUCGUGUCGACCACAGGUUUUAGUAUAAAAGCGGUGCCAUUCCAGAAUGCCAUCUUGAAUGUAAAAGAACUUGGAGGGGCUGAUAAUAUUCGGAAAUACUGGAGCCGCUACUACCAAGGAUCUCAAGGGGUAAUAUUUGUGUUAGACAGUGCCUCUUCAGAAGAUGAUUUAGAAACUGCUAGGAAUGAACUGCACUCAGCUCUCCAGCACCCACAGUUAUGCACUUUGCCCUUUUUAAUAUUGGCCAAUCAUCAAGACAAGCCAGCUGCUCGCUCAGUACAAGAGGUCAAAAAAUAUUUUGAACUUGAACCACUUGCACGUGGGAAACGCUGGAUCCUGCAGCCCUGCUCGCUGGACGACAUGGACUCACUGAAAGAUAGCUUCUCUCAGCUGAUCAGUUUGUUAGAAGAAAAAGACCACGAAGCUGUCAGAAUGUGAAAUCUGGCAGAGACAACAAACGGGUUCCCAACAGGCCUUGAGCCUAUUAUGUUAGUCUCUCAUUUUCAUUUUAUUUUGGUAUUAAGACUCUAUCAGGCUGUAUCGAUAUUUCCCCCCCUCUGGUUAACUCAGACUCUCAUCUUUCUAUUAAAGUGAAUAUUCUGUAAAUCAGGUGAAUUAUCAUUGGCAUUAACGUCA